AUGGCGGAGAUUGAACCACCAGAUACAUGGAGGAGAGAGCAAAGAAAAACUGCCAUCUCAAAGGAUGGUCGGUCGUACAAUGAGCAGUUGUUUAGUGCUGCAGCGGAUGUCCUAAGGGGAAUUGGAGAAGAUGGGAGGGUCAUACAGGAAUUUAUUGAGCUUGGUGCCAAAGCCAAAGUUGCUGCUUCUGAGGCCAUGGACACUGAAGCUGUUCUCGGGGACAUACCAGAUGAAUUCCUUGAUCCAAUUCAGUACACUUUAAUGAAGGAUCCAGUUAUCUUGCCUUCUUCAAGAAUCACGGUAGACCGACCUGUCAUCCAAAGGCAUCUUCUUAGUGAUAAUUCGGAUCCGUUCAACCGCUCCCAUCUUACGGCGGACAUGCUGAUACCAGACAAUGAAUUGAAGGGAAGAAUACAAGAGUUCAUUAGGUCCCAAGAAUUGAAGAAGAGCGGGGAAGACCUAAGCAUGCAGAGCGGCAAGGCAACCAUACAGACCACAACUAGCGAAAUGCUAAUUGAUUAG